UUUCCGGAAUUUUAUAAUUCUUAUGUCCAAACGCCCACUAAAUCAUUGACUCCCGAGUCUUUCUAAUUCUACCUGUAUUUUAGCUGAGAACUCUACUCUGCACACAAGUUCAUCAAUAAACAAAAUAAACAGCUUAAAUCCUUUAGCCAUAAUGAAGAUUCCAAGAACAAUUUUUUUAAUUCAGUUUUUCACUUUCUUAUAUCUCUUCACAUUUACUUUUGCUUCCACUGAGGAAGCAACUGCUCUCCUUAAAUGGAAAGCCACUUUCCAAAACCAGAAUAAUACCUUGUUGGCUUCAUGGAAACUAAGUCAUGUUGGUUCGAACAAUUCUUCCGGCCUGGGAGCGGCAAGUUCUGAUGCAUGCAGGGGCUGGUAUGGAGUUAUAUGCGUUAACGGUAGGCUAAACAAGUUGAAUAUUACAAAUGCUGGUGUCAUUGGCACGCUCUACGAUUUUCCAUUUUCGUCCCUCCCUUUUCUUGAAUAUGUUGAUGUUAGCAUGAACCAGCUCUCUGGCACUAUCCCACCUGAAAUAGGCAAACUCACUAAUCUUGUCUAUCUUGACUUGUCGACUAAUCAGAUUUCAGGCACAAUCCCGCCACAAAUUGGCGCACUUGUCAAUCUUGUUGAAGCUCGUCUUCAGAAAAACCAAUUAACAGAUCAUAUUCCUCCAGAAAUAGGUAACUUGGUCAAUGCAAAUAAUUUCUAUGCUUUCUCUAAUGAAUUGUCUGGUCCUAUUCCUGCUGAAAUAGGAAAAAUGAAGUCGCUUGAGCAUUUAUUAUUAUAUAGAAACAAUCUUUCUGGUCUAAUCCCAAACAGUAUAGGUGACUUAAUUGAGCUCAAACUUUUGUACCUUUAUGUUAACAAACUUUCUGGCUCCAUUCCUAGUGAGUUGGGAAAUCUGGAAAACCUCAUGGAUCUGGAAUUAUCGCGUAAUCAACUUACCUGUCCAAUUCCUGCUUCAUUUGGCAAUUUAAGAAAGUUGCAAUUUCUGUUUCUCCAUGUUAAUAGACUUUCUGGCUCCAUUCCUGCAGAAAUAGGAAAGAUGAAGUCACUUCAGCAUUUAAUCUUACAGGCUAACAAUCUUUCUGGUCAAAUUCCAAAAACUCUAGGUGACUUAACUGAGCUCAAAACUCUGUACCUUUAUGUUAACAAACUUUCUGGCUCCAUUCCUGCCAAAAUAGGGAAACUUGUCAAUCUUAUUGAAGCUGAUCUUGAUACAAACCAGUUAACAGGUCAUAUUCCUCUAGAAAUAAGUAACAUGAUCAAUGCAAAACUGUUUUAUGCUUACUCAAAUGAAUUGUCUGGUCUCAUUCCCAGUGAGUUGGGAAAUCUGAAAAAUCUCACUCGUCUGGAUUUAUCCAGUAAUCAACUUACUGGUUCAAUUCCUGCUUCAUUUGGCAACUUGAGAAACUUGCAAGCUCUCUCUCUCUAUAACAACAAACUUUCUGGUUCCAUUCCUAAAGAACUUGAAUAUUUAGAUAACUUGGUUGUGCUGGCAUUGGCCAGAAAUAACAUUAGUGGUAGCAUACCACCAGAGAUUGGAAAUCUCAAAGGGCUUCUAGGACUUGAUGUUUCAUCGAAUCAAUUAGUUGGACAGAUUCCUAAGGAAUUUGGAAAAUUGACCUCUUUAGUUAAAUUAUUUGUGAAAAACAACCACAUUCAUGGUAGUAUUCCUACGGAGCUUGACUCACUAACAAAGUUAGAGUCCCUUGAUCUGUCAGAUAAUAGAUUGAACGGGUCGAUUCCAACAUUUAUAGGAGAUUACACGAACAUGUUUCUCUUGAACCUGAGCAACAACAAGUUCGGCCAGAAAAUUCCAGAAGAGAUAGGGAGGAUAACUCAUCUUAGUGUACUAGAUUUGAGCCAUAACCUUCUUGAUGGAGAAAUACCCGCUCAGUUAGCCAGUUUGCUAGACUUGGCAAACUUGAAUCUUUCUCACAAUGGCCUCUCUGGCUGCAUUCCUGAAGAAUUUGAAAGUUUAACUGCUUUGCAGGAUGUUGUCUUGUCAUACAAUGAGUUGGAAGGUCCAAUACCAAAUAAUAAAGCUUUUUUGACUGCCUUAUUAGAAGGUAAUAAAGGUCUUUGCGGCAAUGUAACAGGAUUCCAGCCUUGCGAAAGUUCAUUUUCUAUGGUGAAGAAGCACUCAAGACGUAAACUCAUCCUCGUCACUGUACUUCCUGUUAUGGGAGGACUAGUACUUCUCUGUGCUUUUAUUGGUGUUCUCCUUAUGUAUAAUAAAAGAAGGAAAGUUAAAGAUGUUGAAAGACGGGAUGAUGGUUUGUUUUCCAUAACCAUGUUAGAUGGAAAAGCACUGUACAAGGAUAUCUUAAACGCCACAGAGGAGUUUGAUUCAACAUUUUGCAUCGGGCAAGGAGGACAUGGAAGCGUUUACAAGGUAAACCUUCCAUCAUUAGGGAAUAUAGCUGUGAAGAGACUUCAUUCUUCAUUUGAGAAUACACAUCGCAAAAGCUUCAUGAAUGAGGUAAGGGCAUUGAUAGGGACUAAGCAUCGGAACAUUGUGAAACUUUAUGGCUAUUGUUCGAAUGCAGAACACUCGUUCUUGGUUUACGAGUACGCCGAGAGGAGGAGUUUGUCUAGUAUUUUGAGUAAUGAAGUUGAGUCCAAGAAUUUGGAUUGGCUUAAAAGGGUGAAUAUCAUCAAAGGUGUUGCUUUUGCUUUAUCUUACCUGCACCAGGAUUGCUCACCACCGAUUGUUCAUCGAGACAUAUCAAGCAGUAAUGUUUUGCUUGAUUCUGAGUAUGAAGCUCGUGUUUCAGAUUUUGGCAUAGCUAAGCUUCUCAUGCCAGACUCAUCCAAUUGCACUGCGCUUGCAGGCACAUAUGGCUAUGUUGCACCUGAGCUUGCAUAUACAAUGAAGGUUACACAAAUGUGUGAUGUCUAUAGCUUUGGAGUAUUAGCAUUGGAGAUAAUCAAAGGAAAGCAUCUUGGAGAAUGCAUUACUCUGCUAGCAAAUUCAUCGACUAGAGAUCAUGUGCAGCUUAGUGAUUUACUGGAUGAACGCCUUCCAUGUCCUGAAGAUAGAGUAAAAGAGGUUUUGGUUUUUAUCAUCAAUCUAGCAAUCUCUUGUUUGCUUGAAGCUCCAAAAUCAAGGCCAACAAUGCACUUCAUCUCUCAUAGGUUAUCAUCAAUGGAUCUACGUCCACCUACUCAUCAGAUAAACCCUCAUGUAAGGCGAGCUAUAUAAUCCGUGAUACGUAAGGUGUCUUUUUAUGGAAAUGAAUAACCUUUGACACCAAGUGGUUGUGAUGUAAGUAAUUUGAUGAGAAGGUCCAUGACAAAAUCUAGAAGAUACUGUUUCGUUACUAGAUUUUCUAGAAGCCUUGUAGUAACCUCGUAAGAAGAGUAAAGUUCUCUUUUGCUUAA